UUUCAAAUUGAAAAAAAAUGCAUUUCACGAUUUUGAGAAAGCUUAAGCUGGUUCAAGGACUACGAGUACAACUGCCAAGAUUUGGGCGGCUGCUGUUAAGAAGGUAUACAGAUAUCACGGCUGUCCUGCUUGUUUUCUAUCUGGUCUAUAGGAUAUUUUUUUUCCAGGAUCCAAGCAAACGGAAUGCGUCGCUGCCGGGUUGGGGCCGUGAAACGCCCAGGAGUAUUGCCGAUUACUUGGACCCGGCUCAGGAUACAGCGCUUGUUGUCCCGCGACAGUUUUGCCGGAGCAAGGCUCUCCUGACCAUCGCAGUCUGCUCCUAUGUGCAUCACUUUGAACGGCGACGGACCAUCCGCAAACUCUGGGGCAACUCCACCGAGUUCAACUACUCGUCCUUUGUGAAGCUUCAUGGUCACCUCAAGGGCAAAUACCUGGACGUCCUGCCAGAGCGUCUGAAGCUGUACUCUGAGUAUAUAAGCGGCGAGGGUGACACCUUGGAGGCCUCCAUUCGAAUUGUAUUCUUUCUGGGACGCAGAAACUUGGCUUCGCUGCAGGAAAACGAAGCGGUUGCCAACGAGGCGGAAGAGUAUGAUGACGUGAUCCAGGAGAACUUCAUGGACACCUACAAUAACCUUACUAUUAAGGCCAUAAUGGUUUUGAAACACAUCAGCCAGAGUUGUGUGAACACGACAGCGUUCGUCUUGAAAUGCGACGACGACACCUUUGUAAAUGUGCCCAAUUUGCUGCACUUUCUGCUGGGUGGAACUAUUCCGCUGAACAAGGUGACCGCGAAUUACCACUAUCUCAACACCUUUCGGGUGACCUCGUCAAGGAACCGUUUGACGGCCCGGAAGGAGGUGAUGUACGGACGCCAGUACUGCAAUGUGCCACCAAUAGCCAAUAAGUUCAACAAAUGGUAUAUGCCAUCUUACAUGUUCCGGGGCGGAGUGUAUCCACAGUAUUUGUGCGGAUCAGGCUACUUGCUGUCCAUUGAUGUGGUGCCACGCCUCUACAAGGCCUCUUUGGGCACGAAGAUGGUGCAUUUGGAGGACAUGUUCGUCACUGGACUCUGUGCGGAGAGGGCUGGCAUCAGGCGCACCAACCACCCGCUCUUCAGGUCCAUGUAUCCGUUUCCGUGGGACGAGCAGUGCGCCCUCAAGGGAAGCUUCACCACGCACCGCGCCAAGGACUGGAUCAUGUGGAACGCCUGGCACCUGGUCACCAACUACAGCAGCAAAUGUCCUCCGCCAAAAAAAAACUUUCAGUGGCAUUUGCCCGAGAUGCAACGAUGUUAGAUUGUCCUUAUUUUUAGUUAUAUACUAUUUAAUGUUCUUUGUACAUAUAUGAACUUUUUUUUGGAUCAUCCAUUAUAUAUAUUCAGUUUUCCUUUGAGUAAGCUGGUUAUAAUUGCCUCGGCAAUCCAAAGUUUUAUGGAUGGAUCCGAAAAGAUAAUACGUAAAUUUCUUUAAAAAAAUAUUGAAUUCUACCCGAUCGUUCCUAUGAUUAU